CCUUUGAUUCUUUUGUAAAUACGAAAUGAUAAGAAAAUCAACAUCAAGUCAUUGAUAAAUGUGGUAUUUUUCUUUGAAAUAAACAUAUAUAUAAAUAUAUGAUCUCACCUUCAAUUUUGUUCCAUUACUCAAAGCAAGAAACGCAAAAUCAAUGUAUCAAGACGUCUUGACGAGUUUUUUCAUCGCCUUUCUCUAUCUCUCUGCCGGUACGUAAGCAUACAAUAAAGAGUUAUUUAGAACAUAUCUAUUUUCUUCAUAUAGGAAUUAACGCGAAACAGAUCAACUGGUCAGGAUUCACUUGGGAUCUACGCAAUCAAUCUAGUUCAGGACCAGGUUUGUGUCUGUUUAAAUUGAACAGCUGAUUAAUCGAAAAUAAUUGUAAAAAUUCUACAAUUUAACCCUUUCUUGCCAUAUGAUCUCUAUAAAUACCAUUUCAUAAAAAUUUGAUUCUUUUAAACUAUGAGACAUUUAGAAACGAGUUUUAUGUUAACUUAAAGUCUAUAUAUUGUGGACUUCAAGUCAACAAUCUGAAUCUAAUCUUUAUUAUAAAAAUAGCUUUUUUUUAAUGUUCAACGGAUACAUAAUGUUAAGACAUGCACUAUAAUUCAUAAGAGAAAGGCUUGAUGUUAUUGAGCAAAUUGUGCUUCCAUACUGCCAGAUUUAGCCAAUGACAAGAAAGGAUUAACUUGGAACAUUGUUUUUGACAAUCAAAAAAAAAAACAUGCACAUCGAUAAUUUUAAAAAUUCUCGUAGAAACAUUACUUCUACACUCUUUUCUGGAGAGCACUGUAAAUUACAAUUCUAAUCAAAUCAUUAUAGGUCCGAAUGUUUGGUCCGAAAAUAACGUUUGGGUUGAUAGCUCUGAUCAUCUUCAUUUGAAAAUACGUCAUGUCAAUGAUCAAUGGUCUUGUGCCGAACUAAUAUCGACAAGAAAAUUUGGCUUUGGUACAUACGUUUGGAAUAUUGAAGGUGCCGUCGACAAAAUGGACCCAAAAAUUGUCUUAGGCCUGUUUACUUAUCCAACUCCAGACGUAGGCAAAGAUGGUACCAACGAAAUCGAUAUUGAAUGGGCCAAAUGGGGAGAAACAAAUCCGGCAGCAACUAACUUGGGUUAUACCGUUUAUCCGAGAUUCCCAGGUCCGAACGAAUCCUCGAGCAAAAAAAUCACUCUUAAUGGAACUUAUACAACUAGUACAUUCACGUGGACGAGUUCAAAUGUAAAGUUCGAGAGUUUUCACGGACAUACGACAAAUCCUGCGAAUUCUUUCUUUAAAUGGCAAACACCUCGGUCAUUUUUUUCUCGCGUACCUCAAGCGGCAGUACCGGUUCAUAUGAAUCUAUGGAUUCAUAAAGAUAAGAUUCCAGGUCCGGCACCAACUGACAACAAGGAAGUGGAAAUCAUCAUCCACAAAUUUCAAUACAAGCCUCUUGCAAGAUAA